AUGUCAGAUUUCUAUCAAUUGACCAAUUCUUCUUCGGAUUUCAAAUCGCGUUCCAACGACGUUUUCGAUAAACUUGUCAAUCUCGAAAAGCAACAUGAUGUACAUGCAAAAACCCAAACUCCUGUCAUUAUAACCGACGAAGAAACGUCUUCAACGAUACCACGAAACCCGACCAUUCCAAGUCAUGCAAUCACAUUUAAAAAACGUCCAGCAGACGAUACAUUCACUCGACCAGCGGAUAAAUGGAAAAAAUACGAUCUAGACGAUGUCAAUGAACAUCAUUUAAGUAGUAGAGGUAAUCAACAUGCACUGAAUGAUUUUCUUCGGACACGCGUCAAGUCUUCGGUGACCAAAGAUAGCGAUCACGAGAAAGAAGAAGAAGGUGUUCAAUCACAACUAAUUUUUCGUCGACCGGCAAAGAAACCAAUUCUCACCGAUGAUGAAGAUAAUCAAUUUAUAUCGGUUCGAGCACCGGCGUCGAUCGCGACAACUGAAGACGCAAAAGAUAAUGAUGAUGAGGACGACGCUAUUCCGCAAUAUAAACUAAAGUCAACUCGUAAACAAACUCGUGGUGUAGCAAGUACAAACGAAAAGAAAUCGACGAAAUCGACCACAGAUUCAUCGACGAAAACCGAUCCGAAGGAAGAGGAGAACGAGGAUGACGAUAUCAAUGAUGAUGAUGAUGAUGAGUUUUUCGAACCUUGA